AUGGAAGGAAAAGAGCCAGAAACACUACUAGAACUUGCUGCACAGUGUCUACUGGGCAAUGAACCUGCAACAAUUGGUGCCCUUGGGGAGAUCCCAAGAGAACUUUAUAUGCCAUUGUUCAAGGCUGCCCUCAGGGGUGGUCAUAAGAAGACACUAACAGCCAUGGUCAAAUUUUGGCCUUUUGUCUGUCUCCAUAUUGGUAAAUUAAGUGUACCGGCGCCACGCUGUGAUGUCUUAAAAGCUAUGAUUGAUGGUCUUCAGGUCCUUCCUGCACAGAACUCUGAUUCUUGGAGGCCAAAACUGAGGAUCCUAGAUUUAAGGCAAGAUGUUGGCUGCAGGACAACGUGUCCUGAGAUGAUUACCAGGGCCUCUAAGUGCUUCCAUUCUUGUGCUUUCUCGGAACACUCUAUUCUGAAAGUAGAAGCCCAGCAUAGUAUUGCCACCUCAGAGACUGAGACACAGUCAGUAAGGGAAUUACUAGUGGACCUUUCCCUUGAUGGUUCUUUGAAGAAAAAUGACUUCAAUACAUUGCUUUUUAGUAAAGUUCAGCAGAGCUUAGGGUUGCUACAUCUCUGUUGUCGAGAUCUGAAAAUUGAUACACCAUCUUACUACAAAAGUACAGUAGAAUUUCUGGAUCUGGUUUGCAUUGAUCACCUGGCAGUUGAGCAUGCUUCUCUGAGUGAAGUUACAACACUUUUAUCUGAAAUGGUCCAACUGUACAGUCUUAGUUUGUCUAAAAUCACUUGCAAAUCUCUGAAAGGGAAAAUCUUCAGAACUUUUAUCAUGCAUCUUGCACGAAUGGACCACCUCAAGGAAUUUAAAUUCUCUUCAACUUGUCUGACAAAUAAACUUGCAAACAUUAUCAGAGGCCUGCCACGUGAUCUUGAUUUCCUGUACCUGACUUUCUGUGAACUCUCCCACAAAGACUUCAAAAUUUUGUCCCAGAGCCCUCUUGCCAAACAUCUAAAGCUAUUGAAUGUCAGUGACAACCCCAUGUAUUUUGAAGAUUUUGAGCCGUUGAAAACUCUUCUAGAGAAUCUUUCAGGUACCCUACAACAUCUAGAGAUAAAUCAUUGUCUGUUAACAGAUUCCACAAUCACUGAUCUCCUCCCAGCCCUAAGCCACUGUACCCAACUCCGACAUUUCAGCUUUACGUCUAACCCCAUCACAACUUCCAUGGUCACCAUGAUUUUGCAGCAGUUAACACCCCUGAUGGAACUGAAAUGUGUAUACUAUCCUGUCCCUAUUGAUUGUUAUUAUGGAUGGUAUUUUCAAGGCCAUAUAGACCAACAGAAGUUAGACGACUUACAAGCACAAGUGAAAACAGUGCUUAGAGAAGCAGGGAGGGAAGAAAUGAAAUGUAUGACUUAUAUUGACAAUUCUCAUGGAACAAUACCAUUUCAACACUGA